CGGUGGCGUUUUUAAGAAUCCCACGAGUUGUCCUGGCACGACAUGCCCUGCUCUAAUAUUACGAGGUCACGCGCCGCUGCACUCUGAUUAGCUGUUGUAUCCCGGUAGAAGCCGCCCUGCUGCUUCCAGACGGGAAAAGAUGGACUGUUUGUGUUGUGACUUAUGUGUGGCGGCGUUAAUAUGUUUCCCACUAACCCUAACCCACCCUAAAUCCUAACUUUAACGCAUCCUAAACCGCCUCCGCACCAACCCUAGCCUUAAACCGGACCAUAACAAACUUAUUUGUUUUUAUUUCGGACAAAUGUGGUACACAUUUGGGAUCGUCAUUUCCUUACGUCUACGUAGCCUACCCUUCACGCGAUGCAGGAGCCAAUCAUGUUGCAGAGGGGCGUGUCUUGCCAGGAACGCGCGUUGGACUCCGAAAAACGCCUCCGGGUGUACUUACGUCACCAAACUGCGACAUCAGCGCAUAACAAGCGCCACAUUUUUUUUGUUGCGCCUAAUAAUUCCGAUAUAUUCGGCUCAACAUCAGAGUCAAGUUUGAGAUAAGAGAUUAACGUAUUCAGGGUAUAGAGCAGGAAUUACUGUAAUGCACCAUGAGUUUAUUUGGCACCAACACCGGAUUUGGAACAACGGGAACUGGUGUUUUUGGAAGCUCAACGGCUGACACUCAUAAUCCUAUGAAAGAUGUUGAAGUGACUUCCCCACCCGAUGACAGCAUCAGCUGUCUAGCUUUCAGCCCCCCCACCAUGCCUGGGAAUUUUCUCAUUGGAGGAUCCUGGGCUAAUGACGUCCGGUGCUGGGAGGUACAGGACAAUGGACAAACUGUCCCCAAAGCUCAACAGAUGCACACGGGUCCUGUGCUUGAUACAUGCUGGAGUGAUGAUGGGAGUAAAGUGUUCACUGCUUCCUGUGACAAGACAGCCAAGAUGUGGGAUCUCAACAGCAAUCAAGCAAUGCAGAUUGCACAGCAUGAUGGCCCAAUCAAGUCGAUUCACUGGAUAAAAGCCCCUAACUAUAGCUGUGUCAUGACUGGCAGCUGGGACAAAACACUGAAGUUUUGGGACACCCGCUCUCCCAAUCCUAUGAUGUCUCUGCAGAUGCCAGAAAGAUGUUACUGUGCAGAUGUAGUGUACCCGAUGGCUGUGGUGGCCACAGCUGAGCGGGGCCUGAUUGUUUACCAGUUGGAGAACCAGCCGUCCGAAUUUCGCAGACUUGAAUCUCCUCUUAAGCAUCAGCACCGCUGUGUGGCCAUAUUCAAGGACAAGCAGAACAAGCCAACUGGCUUUGCACUGGGAAGCAUUGAGGGACGUGUUGCUAUCCACUAUAUAAACCCUCCAAACCCAGCCAAAGACAACUUCACCUUCAAGUGCCACAGGUCUAAUGGAACCAACACAGCCACCCCACAGGACAUCUAUGCUGUCAACGCUAUCUCCUUCCAUCCUGUUCACGGAACUUUGGCGACUGUUGGCUCAGAUGGUCGCUUCAGUUUUUGGGACAAAGACGCCCGCACCAAGUUGAAGACGUCCGAGCAGCUCGACCAGCCCAUUACAGCCUGCUGCUUUAACCACAAUGGCAACAUCUUUGCAUAUGCUUCUAGCUAUGACUGGUCAAAGGGUCACGAGUACUACAGCCCCCAGAAGAAGAACUACAUUUUUUUGAGGAAUGCUGCAGAGGAGCUGAAGCCUCGGAACAAGAAAUGAUUCUUCUUGCCAAGUUGCAUCUGGUGUGGGGAAACGCAGACAACCAGAUGCUUUAGGGAGCGUAUACGCUCAAGAAAGACUCCUACCUUUCACCAAACACCUGUAUCAGCUGCUGUGAUGCUGCUUCCUGUCCAUGGACCAAUCAGAGGCCUACACAACCCAGUGCUGGUGACAACUGCUUGGAAAACUUGUCAUAUAAGUUUGCAUACAUACGGAGGGUUUGUAAUUCAUCUGGGUAUGUUUUUCUUACAUGUCCUAUUUUUUUUUUACACCACUCCAAAGACUGUCCAUUUUUAAUUUGUUGUUACUCUGUGGUUUAUCUCUGAAUGAAAUUCCUAUGUAAAAUAAACAAGUGCUUGCAGAUA